AUGUACCUCUAUCGGAAGUGGUGGCCCGACUCGAAACUCCUCGCCUUUGACUCCUUUGCUGGCUUGCCGGAUGAGCAGCGAGGCGAGGUGCGGAGAGCGACAUGGGUGGCAGGCACAUUCGGCGUCGAUGGGACGGCGGUGAUGCAGCGCAUCAUCAAGGACCUCGGCGCCCACACGCGACUAUAUCCCGGCUUUUUCAAUGUGACGCUGACGCCCGAGCUGGCGACGACGCUGCCGCCGGCAACGCUCGUCGACAUCGACUCCGACAUCUAUCGCUCGGCAUACGAAGCGCUCGAUUGGAUGUUUGCAAACCGCCUGGCGCGCGUCGGCACGAUCAUUGCCUACGAUGACUGGCUAGACUAUGCGUGCGCACCAACGCUCGGCGGCGCCGAGUUGCGCGCGCUGCCGAGGCGGGAAGUGGAGGACAGCAUGCGCACUGGGUUCAUGCCUCCUUCGCGGCGGACCCGCUGGCGUGACUCGAAGAUGAGCGUCGCCGUGCGCGCGCGUGCCAAGCAGCGCAUCUACCCGCGCCUCCUCGCCGCUGGCGAGCCCAAGGCGCACUCGGAGAUUGCAAAGCGCCACAGCGUGCGCUUCCGCUGCCUCGCUGGCUCGUGUCGACCCGCGCGCUUGCCGAAGCCGGCGUGUGACCCGCACCACGCAUUCGGCGCCAUCUUUGUCGUCGAGGGCGUGGGCGGCGCGUCCGAUCACGGCAUCGAGAUGGGCGACGGCGACGACCUGGACGCCUUUCGGAAGAGCGACGCCGCCUGCAAAUGGGUUAGGAAUCACCGAUUCACCACCAAUGCGAGUGAUUGGCACCUGCCCGCGACUUGA